UCGCAGCAAACGCACACACGGAACUGCUCACCAUCACUCGACAGCUGAGAUGGGUGUUGGUGUGACGGACGUCGGUUUGCUCCUCGCUGUGAUGCAAGGCGUCUUCAGUAAAACCUGGGUUCUGACGGUGCCUCGGAGAAUCGUGAGCAUCACUAACUCCUGUGUCACGGUCCCAUGUCACUUCGAGGUCCCUGACAACCAGGAGGCAAACAUCCUGAACUGCUCCAACAAGUCUUUCUGGAGGAGAGGAACACAUUUAAGUCCAAACACCGCACAGGGAGAAAUAAUCGGCGACUUAACGAAGAAGAACUGCACCACGGUGAUGAGCGGCUCCUCAAACAUCCACAACGACUCGUACUUCUUCAGACUCAACUGUCCGAAGGUCCAAUUCACUUUCCCUGAUGCAGUCGACAUCAUCACUCAAACAGAGCCGUCUCCUCCUCAGCUCACCGUCAUGGGUCAGAUGUCAGAGGGAGGCCAGGCCCAGCUGCAGUGUGAGACCCCGGUGUCCUGCUCCGUCCUGCCCCCCUCCCUCACCUGGUCGCCCCGGGACGCCUCCAGCCAGGAGGAGUCACACAUGCAGCAGCAGAGCACAGACGGGUCGAUGAUCAUGACGUCCACGCUGACCUUCAUCGCCUCGGCCGACCAUCACAACGAGAGCAUCAUCUGUUCUGUCUCCUACCCGCUGUCGAACGGGGGCAGCAGCUCGCCGGCCGCAACAAGUCGAAAACUCAGCAUCCUGUAUGCUCCUCGAUUCACCAGGGCAACAAUCAGCCCGUCUGGACCGGUUUUCGAAGGAGAAACCGUGAUGUUGAUGUGUUCGAGUGACGCAAACCCUCCAGUGACGCGCUACACCUGGUUCAGAGACGACCGAGGGAAGAUCAGAGCGAUUGCACCAGGACAAACUCUGGAGCUGCAGGUCAGCCUGCUGGACAGCAGGGCGUAUCUGUGUCAGGCUCAAUCUCCCAGAGGAUCUCAGAGGAGCACAUCUGUGUUUCUGGCGGCCGGCGCCAUUCAAGGCCGCAGUAAUGGUUUGGUGAUGAUGCCCUACAUCCUGUGUGGAGUGGUGUCCGUCCUCUACAUCCUGACGGUCGUUGUCGCUUUGUACAAGUACCACAGUCUCUCCACGAGGCUGAAGAAGAUUGAGCUGAAGGGGGAACCCACCUACACUGAUCUGAAGACCAUCCAUGUCAACUCUGACUACGACCAACUCCAGCCUCCUCCUGAAGUUCCCGAGUAUGAGAACAGCAGCAUCAUGCAGGUCAAAGUCAAAAAUCAGCCGCAGCCCAACAGACGCUGAAAGGACGAGUUACCGCUUUUGUCAACGUGUUUUUAAAUGUAUAAAUAUACGUGUUUGUUAAGUGGCUUCAGAUUUACAUCGGUUUUGUUUGUUUCUGCUGUAGAAUUCUUUUGCACACAUUCAUCAUAUGUUUGACGGACUUGACCUUGAGAUAUUUUGUAAAACAGAAGUCGUACGGGAGGAGAUUUCUUCACUAAGAAAACAAUAACAACUUUAGAGGAUUGAAUUCUUAAUAUCUUUCAAUGUUACUGCCUUGUAGGUUAUUGAUGAGGGUUUGAAACGGUGCUCGUGUAGCCACACGCUGACCUCUUACCUUAGAGGCAUGAAUCACCUUCACAACAUUGUCUGCAGAUCAGGUUUAAAAACGCAGAAUGAUGCUGAGCAAUGACGUUAACUGUCAUUUUCCAUCCGUUGAGAAAUAAACACACGAAAGCUGAGACGUGCAGGUUGUGUUAUCUGUGACACCGUGUUGGGGAAUUUACCGCUGCUGAUGGUUAAUGGAACAUUUUUUCUAAAGCCUCUGUAAUGUAAUGGUGUCAACCAAUCAGCAGACAGUAAUAAUGGACCACAGAGAAUGUUCCUGACCUAGAUCAUGUUCAACUGAUAUGGAAAAGAGUCAUGAGAUGAUUAAUACGCAGCCGCCUGGUGAUUCAAAUAAGUUGUGACCAUGAAUUAAAAACAUUAAAGCCCCAUCAGAGGCUUCAUCAUGUGAUCAGGUGAAACGUUAAUAAUGCCAUAUUAUUAAUAAUAAUAAUAAGUUUGUCACCAUGCUCAGACUUUCUCUAACAGCUGCUUUUGUGUGGGAUAUAUGUGUGUACUUCUUCCUGAGAUGUAGUAGAGUAGAAGUAUUGAGUUGUGUAAAGUAAAAGUACUUAGUUACAUGGCACCACUGAUGGACUGGGGCUCGCGGUUGUUUUGACACUGAGCUAUUUUUAGGGAUCAAACCUCCGGUGGUGGCCUGGUUUGUUUCCAACCAUCAGACGAAACCGCCGCCAAUUUAACCAAUUACAUUAGGCAGGAAUGUGGCGCGGCUGCCAGACAACAGCUCAGCUCCCUAUAGACGAGAAGUGAGGCGUGAAAUCAAAGCCGGGAUUUGAAGUAACUGACGUGUGAGUGUUUCCUGUGGAAUUUCUGGUCUGAGACUCCGACACCAUCUUUGAUCUCAUGCUAACGGUUGCUUGGGGAGGUUUACAUCAUCACAUAGAGAGUCAUGCUAUGCAGUCGUCGUUCCUUCCAAACUAAAGCACAUGUAUAUAAUCUUCUCUGUCUCAGAAGUUUUCAAAUGUGGCUCAUUUGUCUGGAGGGAUUUUAAUGUUCUUGGCCCCACGGCUGCACCAGAUGCUCAACAUGCUUCUCAUGACCUUCACAUGACCUUCACUACACUGUAGUGGUGGUAAUGUAAUCACUGGAUAUCAUCCAGAAGCAGGAAUUUUUUAAUGAAUAAACAAAUGCACAGGAAGUGGAUGACAAAGCACAAGAUUCACACAAGAGACCAUCUGUGGUUGGAUUUCAAAAACAUGAUUAUAUUUAGGAAAAAAUGUUUUUUGUUCAAUUUAGAUAAAUAAACCAUAAAAAACAGCUGUUAAAUGUGUGUUUUCUGGAUGUUUUGGUGUUGGAUCGUCUGCACUUUGGAACAUUUUCUCAGAUGAAAGUCUGAACAAGCUUCAUGUGUUUGUUCCAUGUUUCAUUGUUUCUGGUUAGUUUUGGUUUCACAUUGAAUUUAGGGACUAAAGAAUUCUGUCUCACAUCUGUGCGUCCUGUCGUCAUCACCUACAUGGUCGACGUGCACUUUGUCAACUUGGCUGCUGUGUUUGCAAACUGUUGAAUAAAGUGCAUUCAGUUUUAUCUAUUUAAAUGGAGAAAA